ACUAUUCCUCCGCCCCUCGGAUACGCCUCCUCCUGGCAUUCCUCUCAUAGUAUCCUGCGCUUCUGGCGGGGACCCCGUCUCACCUGGAGCUCGCAUACAAUACAGCCGACAUUUCCAGCUUACUGUGUUUUGAAACCUCCCGCACCGGGACCUCCGCAUCUCUCCUUGCUUCCGAGAUUUCCUGCGGUGUCUCCAUCUCCCGACCAUCCCUACGCUGCGCGGUGGUCUGUCUGUCUAACGCGUCUCGUCUCGUCUCCUCGACCUCGUACCGUCCGUCGUGUCCUUUCGAGGCUCUGUCUUCUCGUCUAAUCUCCUCGCCACUCCCCCCUCUGCUUCUCCUUGUUUGCCGUUAUUAGUCAUCCAUGCGAUGCCUCUACUGCGAGCAACAGCAAUACCACCAGCAGUCGCAGUAGCAGCAGCACCACCAUUAGGGAUGACGCUGCUUCCGCCUCAGCAGCUGUCCCCCCCGCUUCCGCUUCCGCUUCCGCUUUCGCUUCCGCACCCCGUGCCCUUCCAAUGCGCGGCCUCCGUCGCCGUUUCCCCGCGCCAUUCCUUCCGCCGCGUCGUGUCGGUCCGCGCGGGGAGUUCCGACCACCUUAGUUCCCCCGCUUCCGAGCCCGCGGGGCUUCCGCUUUCUCCGCGGGCGCAGAGGCCGCGGAGACGCGGCGGCGGAGCAGCUUCCUCCAACGAAGCGGCGGGGGGAGCGGCGGUAGGGGCGGGAGCGGCGGUAGGGGCGCGACUAGAGCCGGUAGCAGCGGCGACAGAAGGCAAGGGUGCGGUUGACGUUGAUAGUAGCGAUAGUGAUCGCACCGACGGCGGCAGCGACGGCGGCGGCGCGCCGACUAGUCCGCAUCGGCAGCGACGGGGGGCAGCCGACGCGGCGCCGGCGCCAGCGCCGUCGCCGGCGCAGGCGCGGGGGGCGCCUCCGCGGGGGGGAUAUGCGAGCGGACGGGGGGCCGCGGGGAGAGCGGGUCGAUACGUGCGGUCGGGCGCUCGCGCUCCUUCCGCUGCGCCACAUGCUGCUGGGGUGACGGCAGGCACGGGGAGACUGGCGGACGGUGCAGGAGACCGCCACGCCCCUGCCUCCACGCCCGCCCACCGCCGGCAAGCCGCCACCACCAGAAGGCCCUUCCACCCGCGCUCCGCGCGCUCCCCGCAUGCUGCAGCGCCAGCGCCCUCUGCCGCCUCGCCAGGGCUGCCAGGUGCUUCCUCAGGUGGUUUCGCCGCCGCAGCAGCCACAGCACAUGCAGCAGCAGCAGCAGCGGGGUCGACGCCCGCUGCAGUGGCUGCCGCUUUUGCGGCUGCGAGGGGUGGGGGAGGAGGGGACGGGGAGGGGGUGGGUGACGGAGGGGGGAAAGGACAGGGGAAGGGGGAAGUAAAGGUUAAGGGAGAGGGGGAGGGGGAGGGGGAGGAGUCCGGUAUUUCCCGUGUGAUUGCACUCGGUCGAAUGGGAGGAAAGGAGAAUGGGCAUGGCAAGGCGAGGAGAGGGGAAGAGGGAGGGGAAGGGGGAGGGAACGCGGGAGGGGAAAGUGGAGGGGAAAGUGGAGGGGAAGCGGGAGGGGGGAGUGGGUUUGGAGUGGAGGAGGGAUGGGACAUGGAGUUCGACCAUCAGGUGGAAAUGGACCUAUCGGUGCCUGCUGACGUGGCGUGGCAGCUGUGGGUGGAUCUGGAGCAGGCUCCCAAGUGGAUGAAGUGGAUUCAACGGGUGGAGCUGCUGCCUGCUAGUCUGCAGGAACCUUCAGCAGCAGCAGCAGCAGCAGCAGCAGCAGAGGCAGCAGCAGGCACUCGUACUGAUGAUCUCGUAUCACGAGCAGCAGCAGCAGCAGCGGAGGCGUCUGGCAAUCUGCAGCACCGCAUUCAGCUCUCCAGAUGGACCUGCUGCACCACUGGCUUUGAGGUGUCCUGGACGGCCCGUGUGAUGCGGCUGAGCGACUCGCCGCCCGACCGAGUGCUGACGUGGCAGACUGUGGAGGGCAUUCCGUGCCGCGGGCAAGUCACCAUCCGAGAUGCCGCCAGCAGCAGCGGUGAAGGGAGUGGUAGGAGCACUACCAGCAGCAGCAGCAGCAGCAGCAGCAGUCGGAUGGAGCUUCUUAUAUGGCACCAGCUCCCGGGGUCACUGGCUCGGAUCAUGAGUGAGCGAGCGCUCUCUGCUCUCAUUCAGGCCACACUAAGGAGCGACCUGCAGAGAUUCGAACAGUAUGCGAGGGCGCAGCACCAGGUGACCCUGUCGAACCGCUGCCACUGACGCACCCUGUGGCGCGCCUCCCACCCACCUCCGCUACUCCUGACACGCCCUGGAAACCGCCUGGCAGGCUCCUGCACUUUCAGCUUCACAACUGCUCCCAUCCUUCCCCCAGCCUCCUCCCAUCCCCAUCCUCCUCCCAUCCCCAUGCUCCUCCCAUCCUCCUAUCAUUGUCCCAACUCCCAUUCUCCUCAUAUCAUUGCCAUGUGCACUCGGCUCGUCAAUCCCUCCCUCUGUCCCACCCUCGAGGGUUAAACCCUGGUGGCAUCAGGACAUCCUGGGGACGUGCUGAGCCACAUCACCAUGCCACAUCAUCAACUACCCUCCUGAAUCCAUUCUAGCCAACUCCCCUCCCCCAACUCUUCUCUGCCACCACUUAGAUUCCCCGACUCAUCCCCAACCAGACUACAUUCCACUCCCAUGACCCCUUCUCCCCUUCCCUUCCCCUCUCCUCUCCUCUCCUCUCCUCUCCCCCCCCCUCCCUCACUCUGCACUAGCAUCCUGGGAAUCGUAGUGCCAUUGCAAGGGAAUGUGUCUGAGCAACCCCCAGCUGCUCAACAGGAGGAAGGGCUUGCACAAACUCAGAUGGCAAUAGUGUACCAAUAAGUUCACAGCACAUUUAUGUUGUCGUGACUUGCACGGUUGUGCUGAGGUAAGUACCAGCAGGUGCUGUUUGAGUUUUGUGAGUUGGGAUGGGCCGACCCGACAGCCUAGUGUACUGCUGAGGUGUGUACCAGCAGGUGCAACGGUGUGUAAGGUCAUAACUUGCUACUCCUGCAAGGGGAUGCUGUAGAUUGUGUGAGAUGGGUACUACAAUGUGCGCUGACGAUGCUGACGCAGCAGCAGUUGCUGCAGUCCGAGCAAUCCGUGAAACAGAAUCCACCAACAGUGGAAACACCGGUACAAGCACAUCACGCAGAA